AUGUCGAAUCCCGUAGCUGGCACGCAAGAAGCAGGUUCAACGGCGAUCGCGUUUGCGUUAAAGGACGUCUCGGUUGAGCGUAUAGUGGGGCCUGGAAACGACGAGGUGGUGAAAAUAGGGUCCUUCUGGGAGUCGCAGCCCGUAGUGAUUCAUUUUCUCCGCCGCUUUGGCUGCCGCAUCUGCAGGGGGGGAGCCAUGGACAUGUCUCGCGCCAUCCCCCACCUGCACAACGCGGGCGUGCGAGUCGUUGCCAUCGGGUUGGACCAUCUGGGGAUGGACGAGUUCAUAGAUGGAGGCUACUGGAAGGGCGAGUUGUACAUCGACGAUGGCAAGCGCGCCUACCGAGCCCUGCAGCUCAAGUCCAUCUCUCUCUGGCAGGUAGCGUAUCAGCUACUGUUUGACAAGACAGUGAAGAAGUCCCUUGGAGACACGGCCAAUGUGAAGGGCGACCUGGCUGGAGAUGGCCUGCAAUUGGGAGCCACAUUCGUGUUCGAUAAAGGUGGCAAGCUGCUUCAUGAUUUAAGACAAGUGACAGUGGCAGACCAUCCGUCUCCAGAAGAGCUUUUGAAGCCCUUUGGAAUUGAUACAAGUGUUCUUAGCGGAUUGAAAGAUGCAAGAGGAGCUGCGGAAGAGGGCAAAGUGGCUGCAUGUGAAGGAGGGGAGUGCUUGUAA